CUCUCUUCUUAGUUUAAAUGAAGUAGAUGAAAAGCGAAUUCAGAAAAUAGUGUGAACGGUGGCAGUUAAUAACGGAGGCUGCUCCUAAAACCACGCACACGUCACGCACCACGUCUUCCUUCAGUCAUACAGUAUUUCUUGUCAUUAGGUCGGCGGCAGGCUGUUUAGGCAGUGUCACGUUCUACCUGGGGGGUUAUGGGGGAGUUUCAGCUGUCGGCUGACACCGUCCCGUGUCACUUUGCGCGUCAGCGCGGAGGAAAGAAGCGGCGAAUCAACAGCUGCAGUGUCUGCGGCAGAAACUCGCUGCGCGAGAAGCCCAUUAGCGCGUCCGGACGUCUCCGCUCCUAAUUGCAGUUUGAUCACGCAGGGGCCACGACCGUCUCCGGCUCAGAGCUUCACUGUAUGCGGUGGCGCCUGCUCUUUAAUUGACACCGCGUUUACGUGGGAGCUGUUUGGAGGAUGCGUAACCCUGUUCCAACACUGUCCCUCUUGUUCCCUGCGUAAAAAUGCAGCAACGGAGCAGUAAUGCGCGCGUCUCUCUCCCCCCUGUCGUCUCAGCGGCGCCGGAGAUGCGGGUGCGCACAUUCUAGGCGCACCCGGGAUAAUUGCGGGACUACGUGUGCGCGCUCCGCCCGUCAGGCUCCAAAAGGCGUUCGUUAUGUUCCACCAGCUGACGGAUCCGGCUGUGAAUGGCAGCUGCCAGGGACCCACCCCGGCGUGCAAUAAGAGCGCCGACGGAGACACGCUGCAGCUGCCCACGUUCUCCACGGCAGCCAAAGUGCGCGUGAUAAUCACCUUCAUUCUGUGCGCGGUGUCGGCGGUGUGCAACUUGGUUGUGCUGUGGGCGGCGGGCAACGGCGGCAAGCGCAAGUCUCACGUCAGGAUCCUGAUAAUGAACCUGACGGUUGCGGACCUGCUGGUGACUUUCAUCGUGAUGCCCGUGGACGCGGCGUGGAACAUCACGGUGCAGUGGCAGGCGGGCGACGUCGCCUGCAGGCUCCUGAUGUUCCUGAAGCUGGUGGCGAUGUACUCGUGCGCCUUCGUGACGGUGGUGAUCAGCUUGGACAGGCAGUCCGCCAUCCUCAACCCCCUGGGCAUCAGCGAGGCCAAACGGAAGAGUAAAAUCAUGCUGACGGUGGCCUGGACCAUGAGCGUGAUCCUCUCACUCCCGCAGAUGUUCAUAUUCCACAACGUGACCAUCACCGUCCCGGAGAACUUCACCCAGUGCACCACCCACGGCAGCUUCGAGCGGCGCUGGCAGGAGACCGUCUACAACAUGUUCACCUUCGCCUGCCUCUUCCUGCUGCCGCUCAUCAUCAUGAUCUUCUGCUACACGCGCAUCCUGGUGGAGAUCUCCAGCCGCAUGGCCCGGGGCCACCUGCUGUCCAGGGACGUUCACCUCCGCCGCUCCCACAACAACAUACCCAAAGCCCGGAUGAGGACCCUCAAGAUGAGCAUCGUCAUCGUGACGUCCUUCAUCGUCUGCUGGACGCCGUACUACCUGCUGGGCCUGUGGUACUGGCUGUUUCCCGAGAGGAUGGAGGAGACGGUGUCCCAUUCGCUGACGCACAUGCUGUUCAUCUUCGGCCUCUUCAACGCCUGCCUCGACCCCAUCACGUACGGCCUCUUCACCAUCCACCUCAACCAGGGCCUGAAGAGGUUCUGCCGGGGCUCCAACGCACAGUCCGAGCCCGAGAACAACACUUGUCUGGUGCACAUGACCCGCCUGUCGUCCCACAGGCGAACGGCGCCCAGCGCGGACCAGCAGGAGCGAAAGAGGAGCAGCACGAACAGCGGCUCGAGGCCAGUCAUCGCAGUGAGCAAAGUAUAAGGGGAGCUGUGCUCUGAGCCAUGACGGAGCCGCAUCUUUCACCGGAGACGAAAGCUGCUUCAGCGUUUUCUCAAGCGCCACAAUAAUCCUGUGCUCUUUUGUCUAAAAAGUGUUUUAUUUUUUGUCCGUUUGUGUAAUGAACGCUAAAGCGCGGCCCCGGUCUGUUCAUCCCACACUGUAUUUGUCAUGCCCGAUAUCUUGGACGCCGCUGAUCCGAAUGUGACGAAGCGCGGUGAUUGAGCUCAGUCGACGGUGGAGACGCAUGUGGGAGCGAGUGGCCGUCUUCUGUCUGUGAUGCACCGACCAGGCACGCACACACACACGCACA